AUGGAUUCUAACUUUGAUUUGAAUCUUUCAUAUAUAGCCAAUGAAAAUGAGUUUUUAUUUGAUCUAAAUCAAACACCAACAAAUGAAGAAGUAGAUGCACUCAAUAACGAUGAUGAUGAUGAUGAUGAUGAUGAUGAUGCACUCGUUAACAGUCACGUCUAUGCAAGCGAUCUUUUAACUGAAAUAGAUCAAGAGAUAUAUAAUGACAUAGAGAUUUCAAGUGGCAAGAAGAAAAAUCUCUCGAACACAGAAAGAUGGGCAAUCUAUAAUGCUUUGUUGGAGAGAAGCCAUGAUGGGAAUCUGAAAAAAAAUACUACUCGAGAAGUGUCUGAAUUGUUUCUGGUAUCUAUCCGAACCGUGCAACGGAUUUGGCAACAAGCAAAAGAAACUUCAAAUGGUGAGGCAGUUAACGUCUGCCACAAAAAAUCAAGAAAUUGCGGUCGCAAGAAAAUUCCUCUCAACUUGAAUCAAGUUAAGAGUAUUCCAUUUCACAAGAGAACAUCACUUCGAUCGCUCUCAAAGAGUUUGGGUAUUGCUACUUCAACGUUGCAUAAACGUGUCAAGGAAGGUACGCUUCGUCGUCACACUAAUGCUAUCAAACCAAGUUUAAAGGAUGGUAAUAUAAGAGAUAGGUUGAAGUUUUGUUUCUCCAUGCUAGAAAAAGACUCUUUGAUUCAUGAACCAAAAUUCGUCAAUAUGUACAACAUUGUACAUAUUGACGAAAAAUGGUUCUACAUGACAAAGAAAAUGGAGAAGUAUUAUUUAGUUCCUGAUGAAGAGGUACCGCAUCGUACAUGUCAAAGUAAGAACUACAUUGAGAAGGUGAUGUUCUUGGCGGCGAUGGCUCGACCGAGAUUUGACGAGGAAGGAAAUGAGACAUUUUCUGGCAAAAUAGGAGUGUUUCCUUUUGUUACCAUGCAACCAGCUAAGAGGCGAAGCAAAAACCGAGACGCUGGAACCCUAGAGCUAAAAGCAUCAACUUCUGUGAAACGAGAAGACAUAAGAGCAUGUUUGAUUGAAAAAGUCAUUCCAGUAAUUCAUGAAAGAUGGCCAGUUGAAGAUCGGGGGAAGACUAUUUUCAUCCAACAAGACAACGCAAGGACACAUGUCCAGUGUGGUGAUCAAGAGUUUAAAGAGGCUGCCUGCAAAAAUGGGUUUGAUAUACGUUUGAUGUGUCAACCAGCAAAUUCACCAGAUCUAAACAUUUUAGAUCUCGGAUAUUUCAGUGCAAUCCAAUCAUUACAGCACGAGACAUGUCCCAGAACCGUAGCAGAUCUUGUUCAUGUCGUGGAAGAAUCAUUCGAAGAAUACCCUGCUGAAAAGGUUAAUUAUAUUUUUUUGACCCUUCAAUCGUGCAUGAAAGAGAUCAUGAAAACUGGAGGAGACAACAAAUAUAAAAUCCUGCACAUGAAGAAAGCUACACUUGAUAGAGAGAACCGUCUUCCUCUUCAAAUAAGUUGUGAUGUCUCCUUGGUUCAAAGCGUAAUGGCUACAUUAGCAUCUUCAUAA